AUGGCGGACGCCCUGGGGUACUGGUGCGAGCUGCGGCCCCUGGGGGAGGACGGGGAGGACGACCCCCCAGUCGCGCACAGUCGACAGGUUGUCGUCGCGCCCAGCGGCUGCGCCAGGCUGGACUCUGGGCUGAAGGGCUGUCAGUUCACCGGCCUGGCUCCCGGGACGCUGUUCGAGGCGCGCCUUGCAGCCCUUGCCGGCAGCGAGGUUGUGGGCGCGCCGUGCCGGGUGUUGGCGCGGACGCUCGCGACCGACAGCGAGGCUGCAGCGGGGGCUCGUCACGAGGCUGACGGCUGUGGCGGCUCGCCUCCACUGGCGCGGGAGCCGACGCUCUCGUGGCCAUCCCACCUGGAGGUGCCCGGGCUGGGGCGGGCGUGCCGAGGGCGCGGAGUGCCUGGAGGCGAGCUGGGCGAUUGGGAGCGGGAGCUGGUCCUUGGUUGGUUUGCCACCCUGAGGUGGCAGCGGGACCGGGGCGUGCUGCCGAUUCAGUGGCGCUGGCUGGUCAGCGUCAAGCUCGCUAUGAACGUCGCCCAGUCGCUACGAGGCGAGCUCGAGACGGCGACGCCGUCCUCGCCGCCCGAGCGCCAGAGCAUGCGCCCGGGCGUGCGGGUCCGGCCGAGGACGGCACCGCCGGCGCCCUUCGCGGAGCCAGCCGCGGCGGGCGGCCGGCGGCGGGGCGGCGAGGGCCUGCUGCGCCCGCGCCAGCCGAAGCCGGCGCGGGCCCCGGGCGCCUUGCGGGUGUGGCAGGAGGGGGGCAUCAUGGGCGGCCUGAAAGAGAGCGUGUGCACCUUCGGAUGGCACCUCGUCGCCGCAAGGCCGGGCGCCGCCCCCGGCUUCGACGCCGCGUCCACGGGCGAGAUGCUCUGCCGCGAGGCGUUCGCCAAGGCCCUCAGCCCGCGGGUCUCCUGCGCGAGCGGGCUGGAGAUCACUGGCCUCGACACCGACGCGGGCCGGUGCGGGAGCGGGGCGCCCUCGUCGAGCGCUGAGGGCGGCGCGGCCUGA